ACAGGGAAGCUUUUCUCGCUCGCCCUCCCCUCCCCACCCCAACCCCAACAAUCGAAUCAAUCCAUUCAUUUGUUUAACCUUAUAUAUAUAUAUAUAUAUAUACAUAUUUAAUCUUUAUUGAAUUGUGCGGGGGCAAAGCAUGGCUCUAAUUUGGGCGUCAUCGCCAUUGUUGAAUUUGAAUCCCAAGCUCACUAAAACAAGACACCCACGAGCUCAUUUCUGCUCCUCCGCCAAAAAGCUGAUUCUUCCCACCCGCUCAUCUUCGCUAGGGUUUAGAAUGCCUCCGCUGCGGCUUGCUGCUUCCAAGACCAAAUUGAUAAAGGUUCAAGCUUCUCCGGAGGAAGCUCAAUCGUUCAGCAAUGGAAGAAGUACAGAUCAGGAGGCUUUUGCGUGGUCUUCUGUUAUCUUACCAUUUUUGUUUCCUGCUUUGGGUGGUUUGCUAUUCGGCUAUGACAUUGGCGCAACAUCCGGAGCUACCAUUUCGUUGCAGUCUCCAGAGCUCAGCGGUACAAACUGGUUCAAUCUUUCAUCUGUUCAGCUCGGUUUAGUGGUCAGUGGCUCGCUAUAUGGAGCUCUUCUUGGUUCGCUCAUCGUCUUUCCCCUUGCUGAUUUCCUCGGGAGGAGGAGAGAACUCAUUAUUGCGUCGCUUUUGUAUUUGAUCGGUGGCUUGUUGACGGCCUAUGCUCCCGGCCUCGAAGUUCUUCUGAUCGCGCGUCUUCUGUACGGUCUUGGCAUUGGCGUGGCAAUGCACGGAGCACCACUUUACAUAGCCGAAACAUGUCCUUCUCAAAUUCGAGGAACUUUGAUAUCUUUAAAGGAGCUCUUCAUAGUUCUUGGAAUAUUGUUGGGUUAUUUCGUCGGUAGCUUCGAAAUCAAUACUGUUGGUGGGUGGCGCUACAUGUUCGGUUUCAGCGCCCCGAUCGCGUUACUUAUGGGAUUAGGCAUGUCGAGCCUCCCGUCGUCUCCUCGAUGGUUACUUCUCAGGAUCGUUCAAGGUAAAGCACAGCUACAAGAAUACAAAGACAAGGCCGUUCAAGCGUUGAGAAAACUACGAGGUGGAUCCGUUGAUGCCAAGUCAUCCGAGAAGCAGAUCGAAGAAACGCUCAACUCCCUGAAAGCUACGUACGCUGAUCAGGACUCUGAAGGAAGUUUUCUCGAGGUUUUUCAAGGGCCAAAUCUGAAAGCGUUCGUAAUUGGAGGAGGAUUGGUCUUGUUUCAACAGAUCACGGGACAACCGAGUGUUCUGUACUAUGCUGGCCCAAUCCUUCAGAGCGCUGGAUUCGCUGCUGCUGCUGAUGCUACAAAGCUUUCGGUUGUCAUUGGCAUAUUUAAGUUACUCAUGACUGGAGUAGCCGUUCUAAAGGUCGAUGAUCUUGGUAGAAGACCUCUGCUUAUCGGUGGCGUCGCUGGUCUUGCCUUCUCUCUUCUGCUGCUUUCCGCGUACUACAAAUUCCUCGGGCAAUUUCCGUUCGUCGCUGUCGCUUCCUUACUGCUUUACGUCGGUUGCUAUCAGAUAUCGUUCGGACCCAUUAGUUGGCUCAUGGUGUCGGAGAUAUUCCCUCUUCGAACGCGAGGAAAAGGCAUCAGUCUUGCCGUGCUCACUAAUUUUGGAUCCAAUGCCAUCGUAACGUUUGCUUUCUCACCAUUGAAGGAGUUGCUUGGCGCGGAGAAUCUUUUCCUUCUAUUCGGAGCCAUUGCUUUGCUCGCGCUCACGUUUGUUAUAGCGAUUGUUCCCGAAACCAAAGGCUUGAGCUUGGAAGAAAUCGAAUCGAAGAUCUUGAAGUGAAGACUCGAGGUCAUAUGAUAAUCGAGUAGGUAAUGGCGCGAAGAUGGUGAUCCAAAAUUCUUGGAGACGGAGAAAACAAUGAAUUUUACGUCGUAUAUAUCUUGUGUUGCUUUCGAACCUUCAGUUAGUCUGCAGUAUCUUCCCGUGGUUUUGCUCUUCGACAGCUGCACAAAGAUUCGAUCUCAACUUCAGACGAACACUGGAGAAAGAACUGAUGGUCGAUAAAAGUAACGGUAAGAAGUCUUACCUUCUUCGAUUGUGUCUGAAAAUGUUAUGAGAGGCGCGGAGUUGGCAUUCGGCGCAUAGUGAUUCUGUUGUCGAGAGAUCGAUAUAUUUUCCGAGGCUGGUAAAGUCGUCGUCGACGACGACAAGUUCUCUGCAGGUGCAUCCUUUGCUAAGGCGUCCAACGACUCCUGACUGCCGAACACCGAGUACACAGCCUCUUUAACCAUGCCGACCACGCUGGUUUCCCCGGUCGUUAUCGUAGGGCUCGCGGCGUCCUUGAGUGCGUCGGAAACGGCGCUUUCGUACCUCGUAUGCUGACUCCCGACUCCGUGUGGGUUUUGCGCCGCAUUUCGAGUUUGCGUGGGCGAGAUCGCCGGGCGUUCUAGUUCAGGAGUUUUAACGUCGAGAUUUGUGAUCGAAGAUGCAAUCUUCUGGGUCGUGCCCGACGACAAAGCUUCGUCAAGCGUCGUUUUGUUUUCGCUCGGCAUUUUGUGGCUCUCGGGCACGACGGGCUCGGCUCGCGGGUGUUGCCUAGCGUGCUCUUUUAAGUUUUCGGGCGCUGCUUCUGACUCGUACACUGAAUGAAAAUGCAGAGAAAUUUUUGAUUAUAUCGAGUGAUUUAAAAAGAUCACUU